AAUCAGUCGAGGAGUUGAGGCUGAGGAGGACGUUACGCUCUUAUUAUGGAAGCCUGGUUAGAGACGUAACUGAACCUGACCCUCAUGCCGGCCACAAGUCAUGGCUUCUCCUGGCCGUGCGUCCACAAGAGCACGUUCCCAUCUCCUGGACGAUCUUGACUUACAGCCAGUUCGGGAGGUGAGGGAACGUGUGUUGAAUGAUGUUCCUCGUGAAGCAAUUAUUCCGUCCCCAAGAGUGAAGUUUAAUUUUGUUGAUGUAUCAUUCCCUAAACCACGUGAGAAUUCAGAAAAGUCUGAAUCUGUUGUUGUAAAUAGAGAAAAGAUGGCCUUAGAUCCCAAGAGAAGAAAUAAUACUGAAUGCAGGGAAAACAGAGGAGGUUUGACAAGAGAGCGAGAACGGUAUGAUAAAGAAAAUCAGUGUUCAAAUGCUGAAUAUUCACGUCGGGGAGGUGUGGAGGAUGACCGACGGGAGUUUCUGGCCCAGCUCCUCAAGAGAGGCAUCCCAUUUUGGGAGGAGGUGCCAGAGGAAGAGAGAAAAACUAAAUUUAUUGGAGGAACAAAUCCUUUUGGGCAUUGGCCUCAUUCAGUCAAGCCAAACACCUCCAGCAUCACCCUGCGGAAUUCAAACUCAAAUCAAAAGAAAAGUAAAGUAGUGACAGCUGUUUGGGAAGACGUACAGCACGGGUCCAAAAACUCUUAUCCUCUCCGUCCAGGUGAAGACUUGAUAGGUAGCCCUCUAGAUAGUGCCAGAGAUCUUGAGGAAAAUCUUCAUUCCUAUGAGGAUAGGUUUAAGGAAGUCCCCGACAGUUUUAGACAGGACGGUGAAAUGAAGGUUCAAAGUUUACCGUCCAAACCUCGUCAAAAAAGCCAACAUUCCAGCCAUUAUGAUCAGACUCAGGUCAAAGAAAAGGUUGUCCAGCAUGGUCAUUUACAGCCAAGCACCCCAUUUCUUCAACAUCACUCACAGGAACCACUUUCCAAUGAGCCUGCUACCUCAUCUGUGCCAAGCAAAGAUGGAAACACACACACACCUCAUCAAAACUCAAGCCAUAAUCACUCCCCAGAGAGACGCUCCGCUCAACAUAGUGACCCAACUUUACAAGACUUGCGCUGUAAACAUUAUCAACAAUCCCCUUCAGUUGAACAAAAUUCUCAUGUAUCACCACAAGAGAACUUGGGUCAUGAACAAAAUGAAGAGUUUAACCAUAUUGAUGACAAAACUAUAAGCCCUAAUAGAAUUUCAAGACCUGUGAUGAAGAGGAAACAUGGAGGACGAAUUGAAUGUAAUGACGCCAUGGCGUUCAUAAGUUGGAGGCCGGGAGACAAACGUAUCCGAGAGAAGAGCAGAGAUGGAGAAGAAGAGAAACAUGAGAAGGAAUCCACCAAAGAACCUCGCAACAAGAGAGAUCUGUCUGCACCAUCACGCUCCUCUAACGAACCUCCAAACAGGCGACACAAGUUAACAGGUAGUGAAGAAACUGCACAAGAAAAGCUUUCCAAGACUCCUGAGCAAGUUGAAGUACAAAGGUAUAUGAAAGUCAAGCGGUCAGAACGCCUCAAAAGUCGUAAGGAAGAAAAGAUGCAGCGUGAACAAGAAAGGAUUAAGAGGGAAGAGAGACUGAAGGAGCUGGCCAUCAAAACCAAGCAGUUGGCUCCAGGGAAGAAGACAGGAAGUAGUGCAUUAUCGACAGAUGUUGUGAAAAACACUGGCCAGGUCCAGAGUAAGGCCAGAAGUCCUCCCAACUGGGGUUGUUCUGAUGAGUGUGAGCAUGAGGUUUACCCAGAGACCUACUUGACUCAAAGGGGGGCUCAGGUGGGUAAUGGUUCUCCUCAUAAAACUGACAAUUAUUUACCAGAAAAUGAAGUGAAUAUGGGAGUGAGUAAAGAGGAUGGCAAAAAGAAACAUAAACAUAAAGUAACUGAGAAAGAUGAAGAAGUAAAAGAAAAAUCUCCUAAAAGAAAAAAAAAUAAGGAAAAGAAGAGAACAAGUAAGCGCAGGUCUUUUAGUGAUAGUGACAGCAUCAGUGACAUUGUUAGUCGUACUGUAGAGGAAUGUGAGCGACAGGUUAAAUCCUCAAAUGUGUCUUUAGAAAGCCUCUCCUCGUUAUCGUCAGGAUCUGUUAGUUCCUCUGAUAGUGAGUCACAUUCAGCCACUUCAAGUUUUGAUCUGGUACCAAAACAGAGAGUCAUCACACUUGGCCAAAUGGCUCAGCGUCUUACUAACAGGAUUACAGAAGAGGAAGAAAAUCUUAGGCACCGUCUGGGUGAGAGAGGAAGACUGGUUGGAGACACAGCACCACCAGUGACAACAAAAAUUAACAGGAGUAGAGGAGAAGCUUCAAAUCCAGUAGCAGGAAGUGGUGUUACAAGUGAUGGAGUUGGUGGGGGCAGUGUACCAAGAGUACCUCUGUCUUAUUCCCAAAUAGAAACUCUAUCUGUUGAAGAAAUUAUUGCCAAAAUGACUGCCAUGCUCCCAAAUGCAUCACGAACUCAAGAAAGAUCUAUUGCAGCGUCUGGUACUAGUCAAGGUGGCUCUCCAAGUCAGAUGAAACAACAGUUAAUAAAAAGUAAUGUUGACCUGCCUGAGGGAAAUAAGAAAGAAAGAAAACCACAAAGUCAGAAUCAGUUUGGUGGGGUAAAGCAUCAGGCAGCUUUAUAUGAAGAACCUCCUAAAUUAAUUCUUCCUGAUACUCCAAAGUUGCAACUGUCUGGUGGUGGUAGUAUUAAAAUUGGAAAUGAUCUGCUGUUCAGUUAUCCCUCAACAGAGAAUUUAUCAUCCCUCCCGGGACGCAACGUUGACCAAAAUGGUACUGACCGACGUGGACAAAUUAGAGAAGAGAAAAAAUUCACAAACAGGGUGCCAACACAACCCUCCAGAUAUGUUUAUCAGAAUACUCCUUUUUCCUCUCACUCUGGGACACUGAGUUCCCAAAGGUAUGCUAACCUCCCUGGUAUGAGAGAUCCACAUGCACUUGCACAGAAAAACAAGAUGGAAAAGGCAGCCCUUCUUAUCCAGGCUACUUAUAGAGGAUACCGUGUGAGAAAGAUCACAGGCACGUUACUGGGAAAACAUCAUUUUCGAUCAAUGAAAAAAAAUUAUAAAGUUCGGCACACUAAUGGAAACAUCAAAAUUAAUACUCCCCACAAACACACUAAAUUUCAUAAGCACCAUAACGAUGGUAAAUCUUUGAGUGAUUUUGAACAGGAUGAUAUGUCAAAUGAUGGACAGAAUAUAGGCAUUGAUUGGAGGAAGAUCAGAACAGAACUUGAAAACAAGACCUUCAAGCCCAAAACAGAUUCACAGUAUAUUUUCCAAAGAUCAGAUUUGCCUGAGUGGAUUAAGCCUUAUAUUGUGUUAAGUGAAACGGGGAACCUAGGGAAUUUCAUCGACAGCCGAGUGCAGGAACUUAAAGUUCAAAAUUGGAUAAUUGCUAAUGAGAAAAAUAGAGACGUUCCACCUGGUGUUGUACUGAGCAGUGACAGUGAUAAAGAAAACAUUUUAUCUGGGAGUAAAGUGUACCAUGAUGGGAGUAAAGUGUACCAUGGUGGGAGUAAAGUGUACCAUGAUGAUACUUUAACUGAAGGGCCAUUAUCUGAAUUAGAGGAUGUUAGUGUACAUGAAAAAGAAACUCAGACCAGUAUCACAAAGAACACAAGAACCAUAACAAAGAAACACACCAACAAGGAAGACAAUAUAACUGUACGUAGUCACGGUGUUGUAAAGGAAGGCAAUUAUGAAUUUGUGGACUUACGGAAGAAAUUCACUGGAAAGAAAGUCUUAGCAAUACAAAACUCGGAUGUUACAGGUACAGAGUCUAGCAUAGAAAGGGAUAACAGUAUGAAAUCCACAACAUUAAGAACAGAUCACAAAGGUGAGGAGGAAGAUUUAUCAAUUAGCGAGUGGUCACAAAAGGAAGGAGAUGGUGGGCAUGAAACACUGGAAGAGGGUCCACUAGAGGAUAUUGAUGGAGAGAAUUUCGUCCAUAAAUCGGGGAGUCAAACUCAUCAUACAGAUAACAGUUCACACCAACCAACCUCUGAUGAUGAUCUCGUGGUUGAAUCGUCGGGUGUUUUACAGUCCUCGAGCUUAAAUGACUCUGUGGAUGUUGAGGAAGUAUCAGCCCCCCAUAAAUUACUCGGUAGAGGCCCCCACUUUGGACCAACUAGUCUUAGGCUUCGACUGAAUGCAGAGCUUAUGUACCAAGACACACUGGGUGAAGCUCUAAACCAGUUGCAUAACGUAGAACAGCUUAAUGUGCUGACCAGAAGUCGGCAGGAAGCAGUGACUUUUUCUCAGUCUUUAGCUCUCCAACAGCAAAAAGAAGAAGCAGAGGCUCAGAGGAAAAUAAAGGAAGAAAAUAAAAGAGAGGAGGUUGAAAAUAAGAAAAAAGAGGAUGAGAGAAGAUUGAAAGAACAAGAAACAAGGCUGAAAGAAGAAUUCAAGAAACAUCAAGAAGCAUUAUGGAAUGUUGAAAGAAUGGAGAAGGAAGCCAGGGACCGUUUUGCUCAGUUAGAGAAAGAAGUUCGGGAUAGGGCUGAGCAAGUCCUUUCAAAGGCCACUCAAAGAAUCCCGGAACAAAAUAAUACUCAGCCAGACGUGAUCGCAGCAGCGGCCGUUGCUGCCGUCGGUGCAACAAUAACUCAGUGGGAAAGACUCAGGCCCGUGCGUGUAUCAGCUAAUGCUGGUUCAGAAGUUCAAAGUUCUGUAUUUCUUCAUGAUGAGCCCCUGGGGGUACCUUCUUCAGGAUCUCAUCAUUAUACUACAUCUUUUACUGAAUCCUCAAGUGCUAGAUCUCGAUCAAGAGGUUCUCAUAGUCAGAAGUCUUUAGACAGUAAGAGUGAUCCAUCCAUUAGCAAGAAAUACUCAUCUAGUUCAGAAAAAUUUGAUGUACAGAGUGAAAGUAAUUCUAGGAGUUCGGUUAUGGAAGAAUUACCCUCUUCAGUUCAUUCUGCCACCAAGAGCUCAAUUGAGAGUCAGUGCAUUUCAGAAACAGAAUCUGGAAGUAUUUCUGUAUCAGAGAAUAUUAUAACAGGAGAUGCUAGCAACUCAUCAACACAACAUGAAAGUAAAACAAGUAUUCAAUCUACUGUAAAGGAAGUUCUGUCAACAAAAACAUCGUCAGACAUCACAAAUGAUUACACUGAAGAAAGUGGAACAUUAUCAUCUGUGCCUGAAGCUCAAAGCAGCACAAGAUCAUCAAAAAGCAAAGAUCGGUUACAGGUGAAAAAUGGCAAGAAGAUGAAAUCUGUAACUAGUAGGAGUAUGUCUGAAUCUGUUUCACUGUCAGAGAAUAUUGUGGAGUCAAGAGGCACAUCAAGAGCAGUAACUGAAGACUGCAUAGUUUCAACAAAUGUCAACGCCUCAAGUGGGACCAUAGACACUGAAGCAAUGUCUGCAUCUGAAGUUAGGGAGUCUGUUCUAAACCAGUCUUCAUCAGCUAGUACAGUGACCAGUGAAGAGACCGUUCCUUCAGCAUAUAGUACAUCUGUUCCUCAAGAACAAAAUUCAUCUCAGGCUAAAGAGUCGAUAUAUUCUGAGAAAAGUAAUACAACUCAAGCUUCAGUUACCACUGUAAAUACAUCUUCCAAGUCUCCUAAAUCAUCCAAAGGUAAGGAGGAAGAGGAAAUAUCUGAUGGCUAUUCCGAGUCUUUUGAAGUUGAGUCCGGGAGUGAUGGUUCAAGUGCAUCAGCUGCCUCCCAGUUCCCAGUAAAGACUCAGAGAGACUACAGUAGAGACUUGUCCGUCAUUGUCUCUUCAAGUAAUAUUUUAAAUCAGUUGGGGUACAGAAGUACUUCUCAGGUUGGUGGUGGACUGACUGCAGGAGUUCCGGAUGGUGGAAGUGAAAGUGCACUUGGCAUGACGCUGAACCUGGUGGAGUCCCUACAGAAGGAGGAAGAAGUACGACAUCAACAUCAGAAAGCUCUUCUCAAGUUACAGGAACAAUCGCUGAUUGAAGAAGCUAAAUGGAAGCUGGCAGCACUACAGUCAGAGGGUGGGAUAGGCAUGCGUAAACGCCAGCGUGCUGUUCUCCUGCAGUUACGUGAACAGAGGACACAUCUGAAGCGCCUUAUUGAGACACAAAACAUUGCAGUACAGCAAAGAAGGUUAAUGCUUCUCCAGCAUCAUCAUUUGCUUGCCACUACCACCAACAUGUCAACAGUUGGUAGUAGAGGCUACCUAACUGUAUCCAGGGGUCAUUCUCCUAGCCCUAACUCUCCACGGCUGACUCCUAGGUUGAUGGAAAUGGGUGCAUCUUCAUCUAGUGAUGCUCAAGAAGAUAUAUCACUUAGUCUCUUAUUAAAGGGGAGAGAUACUGGAUCGAGCAGUCCUUCGGAUGGUGGAGGUCGGGAAAAGCGAAGGUCCCAUUCUGAAGAAAGAAAGAGGAUUGCUUCCGUCAGAAUGCAAGAAAAACGACGUGCUGCUGAAACCGAGGCCUUGCAACAGCAACUGUUGCUUGAGGAUAGAGAAAUUUUAAGGUUAAAGAGCAAGUCUCCAUAUGAAAUACUUGACAAGGAUUUAGGGAAGUCCAAGAGGAAGGGAGACCUCAUUACCAAGAGGUCACGAGACAGGAGAGAUAAGAGUCCGACUGCAGUUUCGCCACUUUCAGUACUCUUACAAAAUAACAGAAUGUCAGCGGAAAGCUCCGUCCCAGAAGAAAGUCUUGAUGCCUACACACAUGACAGUCAGAGUUCAGUGCCAGAAGAAGGGGGAAGUGAAUCUAUAUCUCAGAGUGACAUAGCUUCCUCUGUUUCUGAACAUGAAGGAUCAACUGCUAGAAGUUGCAAGACUGUGACUUCAGUACCUGUAGAAAUUACUGGUUCCAAAAGAUCAUCAUCCCCAGAGGAGAUAUUGAGUGAGAAACAGUUGAGCAUUGUCCAGAGUGCUACAGCCAAAACAGUUGCAAGUGACACUGAAGAACCAAAUUCAACAAUAAUGCAGGAAGUCCAUACAGACAAAAACUCUAGAGUGACUGACAAAAGUAGCUCCAUCCAAACAGUUCCCUCAGAUGAAAAUUCCUCAGGAUCAGUAGAAAAACAAAGUAGUAUUAAGACAACAUCAAGUGAGAAAAGUUUGAAAGGAACAGAGAAAUUUUAUACAAUUCAGUCAGAUGAGGUUGAAAAAAGUUCAAGAUCCUCUGAUGCUCAGAAUGAUAUAAAAACUGGUUCCACAGGAUCAGAAGUACCAACACGGUCAAGAUCUGAUUCUUCUGUCUCGGAGGAGCUUGGUGUAGACCCAAAAAUUAGAACAGCUUCUGGUUCCUCCAGGUCUGGCGGUGAACAUCCAGUGGGAAAUGAAGCCAGAUAUAGUAAUGCAAGGCUAGGUGAAGCAAGAUCAUCCAAUCAAAAGAUAUCUUCAAACAAAGCCUUGCCACUUCCACUCAGGGUGCCAUUAUCACCACGUUCUCCUCACAGGCAGCAUAGAAGAUAUUCUAGUGAGUCAGACGACUCCUUCACAUUGUCACAAACAGAAACUGCUUCUGAUAUUUCUGAUGGAGAGGGUAAACUCCUAGCUCUUAGAGAGCAAUUAGCCUCAAGGCGAGCUGAAGCUGACCGACUUAAAAAAGAAAAAAGAAGGUUGCGGCGGGAACGUCUGGCUUCCCAGGAACGUUCGCUCAGGCAACAAAUCUCUACCUACGAUGCCUAUAUUCAUCAAGCAAGAAUGGACCUGGAAAAGGAAUCCAAAGAACUUCAGCAGGCAUCAAUGGUAAGACCUGUCAUCAAGAAACCUCAAGUUGCUGAAACUAAAAAAUCAAGGCUUUCAGAAUCAGUGGUGACAAGUCCAGAGAAAUCAGAUGUUUCUGAUCACUCUUUGGUCUCUGAAAGUUCUAAAUCUGAUCAUUCGUGUUCAUCUAAGUCUCAUGAGAUUAAAACAGAUGAGUCGCUUUCACCCAAAUCACAGGAGAUAGAAUUAGCACUGGAGUCACAUCUUGCUCAGACAGGAAGUUUGUUUAACAAUGAAUUGGAGAUUGUUCCAUUAGUUACAAGUAAGGAAGUAAAAACAGACAAAGACGAUUGCCCGUACACUCGACAGACAUUUGGAGGAGAUGCUAACAUACCUCAAGAGGAGGCUGAGCCUUCAGAGACAUCGUCAGUCUCAGAGAAGUACAGCUUUGACAAAGAAACAAUAUCUGAACAUUCUGAAGAAGGUACCUCUCCAAAGAAAUCCUCAUCACAGGAUUCCACAUCACAUGUCUCGGAGGAGUACAGCUUUGACGAAGAAACAAUAUCCGAACAUUCUGAAGAAGGUUCCUCUCCGAAGAAGUCCUCGUCGCGGAAUUCCAGUCUUGACACAGAUAACACUCCAUCUCAGGCCUCAAGCACUGAGACAAUUGUUCAUAGUCCAAAGAAAAUUGAUUCAUCACAAAAAGAUGGGGAUGCCACUACUUCAGCUGAAGUAAGCCCAUCACUGCCAAAGAAAGAUAUUACUGAAGAUAAGAACACUGAUGCUAAUGAUGAAACAGGAGUGCCUCAGGACUUUAAUCUAUUGGUGACUCCUAGAGAAGGGGAAAGAAAGUUGGAAAUAUUUAUUCCAACACCAGAUGCCGAGUCUCCUGAAGCAGAUGAGUCUACUGACCAAAACAGAGAUACAAGUGUAGAUGAGAGCAUUGGUGAGGAAAUCGCUGAAGAUAUCUUUGAGGACAUUGUUAGUGAGAACAACAGUCAUGAGUCGGGAGAAAUAGUCAUCACAUCUCGUCCUCCCUCGGUUGAGAAUAAGUCGGAUGAUGAUACCAGUCACUCCUUAUCCCUCUCAGAAGAUAAGGAGGAUUUUUUAAGGCCUGAGUUAUCUGUUAAUAAAUCCAACAAUUUAUCAAAUCUUUCACAAAAAACAGAAUUAGAAAAUAAAGAAAAGGACACAAAGCUGCAUUCCUUAGAUAAACAGAGACUUGUGGAUGACAUCUCAAAUAAUUUGCUGGCCUCCAUGAUGAAGGAUACUACCCUACUCUUUUCAAACAUAAUAAAAGACAAGGAUAGUGUUGAUAAGAAGUCCAAGUUGGUUAUUAAUGGUACCACACCAUCAUUAACUCAACAGUCGGUGUCCUCUCGGCUUCAUGUGGACAAUGAGCGAGAUGGGACCAAUAAAACUGCUCAUCAUGAAGUCUCCGAUUCCCCCAGAUCAUUUGACGGGUCGGGGUCCAUCAGAGAGGUCGAUUCUAAGGUGUCGUCAGGAGAGCUCACUAAUACUUCCAAAUCCAGUAGCAACAGCAAGUCUCAGAUCUUAAAACGAGUCAAUGAACUAAUUGCUGAAGGGGGUUCAUCGCCUCGCUCACCUUCACUAACCUCACCAAGACCAACAGAUCUCCAGCUAGCCCCUCAGUUAACCUUUGACCUGAGUCCUGGUGUUCUCUCACCCGUUUCUCCUGCCCCAGCUUCACCACUGAGAUCACACAAAGACACUGGGCCAGAGCACAUCCCAGAGACAGUCUCUGCCAGAACGGAUGCUGCGGCUCUCGGUGCUGCUUCUCCUUCGGAAGUAACAAAGGAAGAUAGUGAGGACCAGGCCGUGUCACCCAGUCAUGAUAUCGCCAAGGCUGAUGACUACAGCCUUGAUAUGGAGAUGGAGGGAGAAAAUUUUGCUAUUGAUCCGCUGGCACUCACAAACAAGUUGUUGAACCUGGCUUCCUCUGACAUGGACUUGGAUGCUAAAUUGGACCAGCUGGGAGGUGACGACACAGAGUUCUCCGUGGAGGGGAUCGAGGGAGACUGGUUUGAUGAUGACUUCUGGACAUCUGCAGACAACAAGAAAAAGCAGCAACAGUUGAAGGCUGAGGAAGAGAGGAUUGCUGCGGAGAUUGCUCGGUUAGAGGAACUACAGAAACUGCAAGAACAGUUCCCCGGCUUAGUGAUUCGUGAAGUGCCCAAUAAGCCCCCACCUCCCUACACUCCACCUCUCUCAUCAUCAUCAUCCUCAUCAUCAUCGUCAUCAUCACCAUCAUCAUCAAUUUCUUCCUCUCCAGCCAGACCUCCAGCUUACAGCAGCCCUCCAGGUGGCAGUGUUACUCCCAGCCUGCAAUCUCAAAACUCUUCAAUUACUUCAAGUGUUCCACAUCGUUUGAGUAAAGCGGAUCAGCAGAAAUUAGCAACAGAAGUGUACCAUGCAGUGCCAAGUACCCAAGAUGAGGUGAUGCCCGUAAUCACUGAUUAUCUCAAUUGUCUAUAUGAGACCUGGGAAAGUGGUCUUAAUCCUCUUGAUGUUGAGCCACCUCCCACACCUGUGCAUUCACCAACCACCAGUUCAGAAGAUGAGACUGUUGAGGAGGAUGAAGCCAGUGCUAAAACAUUCCGCUUCUUGUUGUUUUCUCUGGCACGUGAACUUGUUUCCCAAGCACAUCAAGUUGAACAAGCACCUCCACCUCCACCUUGGAUAAAACAAGCUUUUCCCCCUACUCGGAUGCACUAUGUAGUACGGAGCAAAUCAAAAACUUUCAUGUUGUCUCACAUUCAGGAGCAAAUAAAAGUUUUGUUUUGUUGGAAACCGUCAUCAGAGAAGGAGUCAUUAUUAGUUCGUUGGGCACGGAAACAUCGAGAUCUUGUAGACCAGGUGUUAGUAAAAGAACUACAAGCAGAAGAAUCUAGCUGGACACAUUAUGAUGAAGAUGAAGCUGCUGUCAAAACUCAAGUGGCCAAUGAAAUCCUGGAUAGUCUAAUUGCUGAAACCGUCACUGUAGUUAUGAGCAUAUUAGCUAAAAAAGUAACUUAUUUAUCAGCCUAGAGAGUUUUACCAUGUAAUUAAUGAUACUGAUUUUAAAUAUUUGUAAAAUAGAAUUACGGUGUUUUCUCAAGAUUGCAUAGCUAUGCUGUUUUUAAAUAAUUAGAUAAUGCAUGUAAGAUGUAAUAUAUUGUACAGCAUGCAACGUAAGCAUCUGUCUGUAAAAUUGAACAAUGUAUCAAUAAUUGUAAUGUGUUCUUUAUGUAUAUUGCAAUGACUGGUCAUAGACUAAUAUUUUCACCUUUGCCUGACAAGAAAACUUUUCCUGAAGAAGAGGAUAUUUUUGUAUAUCUCUAUAUGACAAUAUUAUUUUCAUAGGAAUUACCAAGUCCAGCCACUGACGUCUGUGAUAUUUCAGGAGUGUCAAAAGUGUUGUGUGAUAUUAUAUGCCUAAGGUUUCACCCCUUUUUUUUGCUCACAUUAUUUUGUAUCAUUGUGUGAAAUAAAUUUGUUGUUAUGAG